UUCACACGGUACUAUUUACUUUUUCGUCCCUCAUUUCCACUCAAUUCUGUACUUCCAAACAUACCUUGUAGACAUUGGGAAUCGGAAUAGCAUUGUAAUUUUAAAAUAAAUGAAAAGCAAAAGCCACCCUUCAAAAUUGUUUGGCACGACUGUACUAGUAGAAUAUCAUCAUAUCGACAGAUCGUACUACAUCAAACACGACACUUUCGUUUGCAGCUUGACCUGUUUGUUGAAUAUAAAAUCCCCAUCUUCUUGGGGAAUCCGACGAAAAUCUCGAUAGAUUUUGUAUUUCUGAUUCUUGGUGUUUUUUUUUUCUAGCUGGCGGAUUUUACAUCUUUAAUUUUUUGGAGUCCAGCUUUACUUGAUGGUUCUAUUAUACUAUUAUAUAUAGAUUUUUCUUUUUAUAUAUAUGCACUGUGGGUCGAUAUCUGUGAAUUGUGAAUGGAGAUGGUACACACACCGUUUACAUGGCGCUAUGGAGGUCACCAGGUUUCAAUUUGUGGCUCUUUCAAUGGUUGGACUGAGAAGAUACCAAUGACUUUAGUGGAGGUUUCGUCUUCUAUUUUCCAGAUAAUUAUUGAUCUUCCGCCUGGUUAUCAUCAGUAUAAAUUUUUUGUUGAUGGUAUGUGGCGAGUGGAUGAGCAGCAGAUUUGUGCUCAGGAUGAGUAUGGAACUAUCAACAAUAUAAUUUUAGUUAACGGAGCAGAGAAAGUGUCUCCAAAUUUACCUGCUGAAGCUUUUGGGGCUAGCAUAAACCUGGAUAAGGCUAGAAUCAUGCAGUUCGUGGGUUCAUCUUUAGGCGCCCCAGUUAAUAAGCCAGUUCUGCAGUUUUCAGAUGGUGAGAUGGAUGUUUCUCGUAAUCUUCUAUCAAUGCAUUUGUCAUCUUCUAGAGCAUAUGAUUUGAUUCCAUAUUCCGGCAAGGUCAUUGUAUUUGAUGUUGAAGUGGCUGUGGAACAAGCCUUCCGUGACAUGUUUGACCAGGGGCUUGCAGUUGUGCCUCUAUGGGAUGAACAUCAUGGACAGAUUGCAGGAAUGCUAACUGCGUCAGAUUUCAUGUUGAUUUUACUCAAGCUUCACAGAAAUCGUGCCAUGUUCACCAAUGAAGAGCUUGAUAUACACACAAUAUCUGCCUGGAAACACCAAAAAUUUCAUCAUCCUAAAGAUAUGAUCGGGGCUUUGGUUCCACUUCAGCAAAGGUCGUUAAUCCAAGCAGGUCCUGAUGAAUCUUUGGGAGGCUUGGCUUCAAGAAUUCUACAUAAUAAUAUUUCUGCAGUUCCCAUCAUACAUUCAGCAAAAGAUGGAUCUUGUCCUCAGUUGUUACACAUAGCUUGCCUCUCUGAAAUAUUAAAACGUUGUGAACUUAUUAAACUAUCAGUUUCUCCUCAAACUUUACAUGUUUUUACCUGCUUACACUGUUUUGUUUUUGUUUUUGUUUUUGUAUUUUGUAUUUUUUUUUUUUUUUUGUUUUUCGUAUACAUCUCAGAUGUAUGCAGGCAUUUUAAACACCAUAUUGGAUAUCUGCCGCUUCUACAGCAACCAAUUGGUUACCUCCCAUUAGGUACCUGGGCUAGAGAAGCUGGAAGAGCGAGUGAUCGUCCGUUGUUGACAUUACGAACCAAUGAUUCUCUUGAUUCUGCUCUUAAUUUAUUGCUAGAAGCUCAAAUAAGUUCGGUGCCUAUACUUGAUGACAGGGGUAACAUUGUAAGUGUCUACUCUAGGAGUGAUAUUAUGUCAUUGGCAAAAGACAACAUGUAUAUCCGCAUCCAACUUGAUGAGAUGAUGAUGUCUCAGGCAUUGGAAGCUACUGGUGAAGCAGGAGGCCGAUACCAGACAUGCACUCGGUUCGAUUCCUUGUGUAGGGUGAUGGAACUUCUGUCAGAACCAGAUGUGCGGCGUGUAAUUGUUAUUGAGGCCUGCAGUCGACGUAUUGAAGGCAUAAUAACACUGAGAGAUGUAUUUACUUUUAUUUUGCGAUGAAACCCUUUUCUCCCCAUAAGCCGGAAUUGAGAUGUAGACUGAUUAAUUCCCUGGUUGUGUUGAUUUUCUAUAUUUCUAUUCCAGUUUUGGUAAGUAUUUCAAUACUACAAGAAUUACAUAGGCAAAAGUAUUCGACCAGUCAUUGAACCUCCUAAUCAGAUUCGCUGAAACACUUUGUAAUAAUAUGAUCAGCUUU